AUGAACGUCGUCGGUACCUGUGUGCCGCCCCAGCCAUUCCGCUUCCUUGUAUUGCCGUUUCCUGUGCUUCCCCGGCCAAUUCAAGGUUCUCUUGCUGCGUUCGUUCGCCUAGCUAUAAUACCUCUCAUCCGCAUCGAUUCGACUUCUGCACCUAGAUCUCGCAUCAUCAAUUCCAUCGUCGACGCAACAACUUUCAUCUACACGCUGCUUCACGAUAUCAUUGUCUAUCGUGUGGCUACCCUUGCGCGAUACCGCUUAUCCCGCCCUAACGUCAUUACCGACAAUCAAUUCGUUCAGCACGUUUCCAAGGGAAGCAUCGUUCCACCCUUUGGCGCCUCCAGUAGCAAGCCGCCUCUUUACCCUGCCUCCGCCCGCGCGCCAGAGCCGCCCACUGCUCCGGAGCCAGCCAAAAUUACUGAAUUGCCCAAACCAGCUACAGGUGCUGGCACCUCGCUUCCAAGCAUCUCCAACCUAGAUGCGCCGCCGCAGCCGUCCAAGGAAACAGCUGGCGAGGCCCAGAACGGUGCGAACGGUGCGCCGGCAUCAUCUGUGGGAUCAACUGCGAAGCCCAAUGGAGCGGCCGCAGCACCUGCUACCACCGGACUCUUGUCAACCCUCAACAAACCUGUCGAAGCAGUUGCACCUGCUCUCUCCAAGUCGUCUCUGUCUGCAACUCCAUUCCCCAGACCUGUCGAGGUCAAGUCUGUGCCCGACACGCCCGUCAACACUGGCACACCUGCUGGUGGCACACCCCGGCCGGUGCUGGACAUUUCGCAAGAGCCAAUUCAGAAGCCGGUGUCCGAGAGUGCUAAAUUUGCUCUGACCGCUAUUAAUGAGACGACCAAGCCAGAGUCGUCCUUAAACGGGGCGGCAGAGAGAUCGGCGCCUGCGCCUACGUCGGCCCCGGCGACUGCUACCACUGGCUCUUCUGCCCCUGCUAGCCAUAAGCGCAAGCUAGAGGACGAUGCGGAGACGCGCGCAGACUCGGAGCAAAGUGAGAAGAAGGCCAAGCUCGAAGAGGGAGUGAAGUCCGAAGCUAAUUGCGCGACAGACGCUGCGGCUUCCGCUCCGGCCUCAUCUUCGGCCCCAAGGAAGGUUGGGCGUCCGAAGAAGAGCAAGACGCCGGCGCCGGUUGGCAGAACCCAACGCAAGACACGCAGCCAGGGUAAUGUGGAGGGGGGGCUUUAG